AUGGCAACCAGCAUUCUAUUGGAAUCUAAUCUCAACUGCGGAGUAUUGCAUGAUAUAAGCCAAAUGUACGCGCUAAUAGCUUGUUGUUUUAUUGUAAUAGUGAAAUUAGCAACGCUCAGAAUUAAUAACAAAAAAUUUCUCAGAAUUAUGUCAUCGAGUAUAAACGACUGGACGACGAUGUUAGAUCCAAAAGCUUUUGAAAUUAUGAAAAAGAAUGCAAAAUUGGCUCGGUUUGUUUGCCUUUUUCAAAUGAUUUCUGGUUAUCUGACAGACGCUAUUUUUAUUACGGGGCCAUUAAUAUUCCUCGCUAUAUAUGACAUACCUAUUGAUGCUAACAUGACGAGCAAUUCCUCUGUUCCUAAAUUUCAACCUCUGCCUUUGGGAACUGGAUGUUUAUUCAAUGAAAUGUCAACACAUACAUAUGCUGCAAUUUAUAUCCUACAAUCGAUCCAAAUUUUAUCGACAUGCACUGGUAACGUAGGAUGUGACUGUUAUAUUUUUGGGAUUGCUUUACAUGUCGCCGGACAACUCGAUUGGCUAGGGGAACAAUUUCGAACUUUGGAUAUUCAAUCAACUGAACAAGAAUACACGAAAACACUAGGAGCUCUUGUAAGAAGGCACAAUCAAUUGAUACAGUUUGCAAACGAUUUGGAAGAUUCAUUCAAUCUUUGUAUUAUCCUCAUACUCGCGGUGAAUAUGGUACAAAUCUGUUUAAGUGGCGACUCUUUUGAUAAUCGUUAUUUUCUAGGAUUGCAGAUGAUCGUAGACUUGCGAAAUGGAGACAUUGCCUCAGUCAUUAAUGGAGCCAUCAUUUUUUACGUAUUUAAUCUUCAAAUUUUUCUUUAUAGUUAUGCGGGUGACCGAUUGAGUUAUGGAAUAGCAAACUUGCACACCGCGAUAUACUGUAAUACAUGGUACAAUUUACCACAAAAAACUAUUAAAGACCUGGUCUUCAUUAUGCUCAGAACUAAUAAAACGUUCAAUUUAACUGGCGGAAAAAUUUAUGCCAUGAAUAUUGAUAGUUUUAAAAAUAUUCUGAAGGCUACUUUAUCGUACUUUUCGGUGAUGCAAGCUAUGUUAGAAGAGUAA